GGUGAUCCUUGUUCGGUUCAAGCAGCCUGAAGGACAUGGGAUUUGCAUUUCCCAGCACCCCCUGGCAUCCAGUCUGCAAAGAAAAAUCCAUCAAGGGCCCUUCACUCCUCCUCGGGGUGGAACCCCACGCCGAGCCAUGCGGGUUCUCCAGCUGCUCUUUGCAGUCCUUGUCAUUCUCCUCCUCCAGGGCGCUCUGGCCAGAAGCCUUUCAGACAGCCAGCAGUGCAGAAGCAACCGUGGCCACUGCCGGAGGCUCUGCUUCCACAUGGAGCGCUGGGAAGGGAGCUGCAACGGCCGCCUGCGCUGCUGCCGGUGACAGCGGCCACACCAGGCGGUGUGACAGCCCCAGGAGAGCUGGCCCAGUGAUCCUGCAGCCACAAGUGUUCACAGAACCUGCCCUCGGACACCUCCGUGCCUCCACUUGUAGCUCGGUUUGUCUGCCACCAAUAAACCUCUUUGUUUUCUA